AGGUAACACACUUCCCACUGUGAUUGGCUGACGGGUUUUAACCUGCUGCUGUAUGUUUGAAGGUGAAGUUUGUGUGUGAACCCCACACUCCAGAAUGUCAUCCAGUGGACUUUUGACCGUGCGCACGCAACUUUGUAAACGCCUGGCUCACAAGUACGUCUCCAGAAGCUACACGUCUCGCCCGUCGCUCAAUGAUGUCGUCAUCGUUAGUGCGGUCCGCACUCCGAUGGGCUCCUUCAGGGGCAGCUUGGCGGCGGUGCCCGCCACCAAGCUGGGCUCCAUUGCCAUAAAGGGAGCCGUAGACAAAGCAGGAAUUGCUCCAGAGGAGGUGAAGGAAGUCUACAUGGGCAACGUGCUUCAGGCAGGAGAAGGGCAAGCCCCCACAAGACAAGCCUUGCUUGGAGCAGGCUUGACCCUUGGCACUCCAGCAACCACCAUCAACAAAGUCUGUGCUUCUGGCAUGAAGGCCAUCAUGAUGGCAUCUCAGAGUCUAAUGUGUGGACACCAGGACGUUAUGGUGGCCGGAGGCAUGGAGAGCAUGUCCAACGUACCUUAUGUGAUGUCCAGAGAUACCCCGACCUACGGCGGCGUUAGGAUGGAAGACAUCAUUGUUAAGGAUGGACUCACUGACGUCUAUAACAAAUUCCACAUGGGCAAUUGUGCAGAGAACACAGCGAAGACCAGCAGCAUCAGCAGGGAGGAGCAGGACGCCUACGCCAUUGGCUCGUACAGCCGCAGCAAAGCGGCGUACGAGUCCGGCGUGCUGGCCAGGGAGAUCGUGCCAGUCAGCAUUCCCCAGAGAGGCAAACCAGAUUUGGUUGUGUCCGAGGAUGAAGAGUGGAGGCGGGUCGACUUCAGCAAAGUUCCCAAACUGAAGGCUGUGUUCCAGAAAGAGAAUGGUACAGUGACGGCGGCCAAUGCCAGCACACUGAACGAUGGAGCAGCUGCUCUCGUUUUAAUGACUGCAGAUGCUGCGAAGAGACUCAACGUCACUCCACUGGCAAGGAUCGUUUCUUUUGCUGAUGCUGCUGUCGCACCCAUUGAUUUCCCCAUUGCUCCCGCAUUCGCUGUACCAAAGGUCCUGGGUGCAGCGGGGUUGAAGAAGGAUGACAUCGCCAUGUGGGAGAUCAACGAGGCGUUCAGCGUGGUCGUGCUGGCCAACAUCAAGAUGUUGGACAUCGACCCCAAGAAAGUCAACGUGAACGGGGGUGCCGUGUCGCUGGGACAUCCCAUUGGGAUGUCUGGGGCGAGGAUCGUCGGCCACAUGGUGCACAGUCUGAAGUCAGGCCAGUACGGACUGGCAGGCAUCUGCAAUGGAGGUGGUGGAGCGUCAUCUAUUCUGAUCCAGAAAAUGUAGGAACGUGGAUGUAGGAACUUGUGUCUCUGUGAAACACUGUGUUCACUAGCUGUGGUCUCCAAAGGCUCUGGCAUCUGUCCACUCCCCUUCCUUCUGUGAACAAUGCCUCUGUUACACCUUCAUGCCAGUGGCCCUACCCAGGCAGCAAAGUGGGACCUGAUACCUGGCGCGACGCCAGUGUUCAAAACACUCCUUUUGUUUGAUGAAACAAAAUGUAUUUCUGAAUUGAAAUGGUUAAAUAAAUAGUAAAAAUGAAACCA